CGUAAGAGAUAACGAUGAUAGUAUCUCAUAUACACAUUUCUUGUUAGAGGGGGAAAUCGGUUUGAGUUCGGCGUGAUUUGGAGAUGAAAAAAGGAAGAAAACCUAGAGGCUAGAGCAUGUUGUGUCAAACAGGUAUAAUAUUUUUCGAUGCAACAAGCCAUACACCGUGAAUAUCGUUAACCCUUUCAUACAGCGUAUUCACUCUUGACUUGACCGUCGUCUAAGGCUCUUGAAAAUGUGGUAUGGGAAAUUUUGGUGGGCUUACAGUGCUUUGCGUCUCGUGUUCCCAGAUGUAUGCUACGAAAACGACCAAAUAGGAUGCUACGACAAAGAGGAACCGUUCGAUCAUUUUGAUAUUCUUCCCAAUUCGCCGGGUCCUUUCGGAAUGGAUGUUAAGUUUAAACUGUACACCAGACAGAACAAAAACAAGGCAGAAUUGUUGAAUAACGUUCUGCUAAAGGUGGACUGGGUUCCUUCGCACUUCGAUAAGGCUGUCAAAACAACCCUUUUGAUCCAUGGUUUUAAUGAUAAUGGAGAAAUGCAAUGGAUACUGAAAAUAAAAGAUAGCAUAUUGGAAAAGGAAAAUGCCAAUGUAGUAAUUGUCGAUUGGGGUGUCGGAGCCAAACACAUGAACUAUGUGAUUGCCGCCUCCAACACACGAACAGUGGGGGCCUACACGGGUCGCCUUAUUACAGCAAUGGUACCUGACCUCCCAUCGGUUCACGUCAUAGGACACAGCUUAGGCGCUCAAAUAGCCGGCUUUGUUGGGGCGUGGACUGAAGGAAAAAUAGGUCGGAUAACAGGUUUAGACCCCGCGGGGCCACUGUUUGAUAAGUACCACCCUCGGGCACGACUUGACCCUAGUGACGCAGUGUUCGUUGAUGUCAUACACACAGACACGGACGGUGAUUUUAAUUUAGGUCUUGGGAUGAGUAAUCUGUGCGGAGAUGUUGAUUUCUUUCCUAAUGGCGGAGAAGUACAGCCGGGGUGUAACCAGUCCGCCCUGACAAUUGCUGACAACAUUGUCAAACUGAAAGUAGAAGAACUACACAGGCUUUUUCCAUGCAGCCAUGAACGUUCCAUCCGAUUAUAUACAGAAUCCAUUUUAUCCGACUGCAAGUUUCUGUUUUGUCCUUGUACAAAAGAAGACUUCCUCAAGAACGUUUGCCCCGAUUACAACUGCACUCAAAUGGGUUAUGACGUCGAUGUGAAUAUCCGGGGGACUUACUUCGGAUACACGCGCGCGCAAUCUCCAUAUUGUAUUAAAGACACAUCAACCACAUUGUCUUCAACAGAACCGGAUGUCUUCAAUGCGACAAAUCCGAUGUCUGGAGAAGGGGGAUAUCAGGGAGCACAAUUUAAUAUAACUGUAGAUGUUUCUAUUGAACAUAACAGCACAGCGGUGCCCCUUAAUACGUCUCUUGGAAGUAACUAGAUGGUUAACCUUGAAAGGGGAAAACCAGUCUGGUGAAAUUGGGGUUUCUGGUAUAGUAAACAUGCAGGUUAAUGUAACGAAACUUUUCCAGUAUUCAAUCAAAAAAUUAUUCAGUUUUCUUCAUUUCAGUUUUGCGAUGUGCAUUCAUGAAUUAAUAUGUUAUUACAUUUGUCAUUUUUUGUCUUUUGAAAGUUCAAAAUUAGAUAAAAGAUAAAAUGGAUGCAAAAUGAUCUUAGUUAGAAUUUUCAAAAUGUAUAAGCCAUGUAUUAAUAUUAUUUGGUUCCACAUUAUGAUAUCAAACUUUUGACUAAAGAUUUACUGACUUAUUAUAUCAAAGUAUGGUAUGUGAUUGAUAAUAAAUCAUUAAUGAAAAAUUGGAUAUUGCAUAUUGUUUUCAUUAUUGAAUGAAAUAUUUUUAUUUUAUAAUACUCAAUCCAUGUUAUUUUAAUACCAAAAGUGAUGUAUUAUUUACAGGUUCUAUCGAAAUUCCUAGUAUAUUGUAUAUUUGGAUUACUGCUUUAAGACUAUCGGUUCCUUUUAGCAGGGUGUGGUAUGUUUUGCAAUAUCCAAACCC